GCCAUACUCCACAGGAUACGCCUGAUCCCGUUCGAUCUUGGAAGCAAAUCUGUGGCAGGCCUGGUCAGUAACUGUGUGGGGGACCAGCAGCGAACACCAGGUGCAGUAAACAACCCAGCUGAACAGCAGAACAGAUGGACACACAAGCAGGAAUAUCUCAGAAGGUCAUUUAAUGUUAUCCCCGGAUUGUGACGUAAAAGAUUAUGACAGUAGACAGGAUUCCCCAGGAGAUAACCCCAUUACCCCAAUUAUUCAUCCAGCUCUAUCAGCUGAUCCCUCUGAUCCUGGGAAAUGUUCUCCUGAUCUCUCUGAUAUUGGUGCAUCUGUUACAGCUCUGACAGUAGAUACAGUGUUUCCCUGUUCUAUAGAUGCCAAAUGUUUUACACAGAACACAAAGCUUAUCACCCAUCAGGCAGCUAAGGCAGGUGAGAAGCCAUUUCCAUGUUCUGAAUGUGGGAAAUGUUUUACACAGAAAUCAUAUCUUGUUAAACAUCAGAAAAGUCACACAGGUGAGAAGCCAUUUUCUUGCUCUGAGUGCGGGAAAUGUGUUACACGAAAAUCACAACUUGUUGCACAUCUUAAAAGACACACAGGUGAGAGGCCAUUUCCAUGUUCUGAGUGUGGGAAAUCUUUUAUACAGAAAUCACAUCUUGUUAAACAUCAGCGAAGUCACACAGGUGAGAAUACAUUUCCAUGUUCUGAGUGUGGGAAAUGUUUUACACCCAAAUCGUGUCUUAUUAUACAUCAGAGAAGUCACACAGGUGAGAAGCCAUUUCCUUGCUCUGAGUGUGGGAAAUGUUUUACACGGAAAUCAAAUCUUGUUAAACAUCAGCAAAGUCACACAGGUGAGAAUACAUUUCCAUGUUCUGAGUGUGGGAAAUGUUUUACACAUAAAUCAUAUCUUAUUGAACAUCAGAGAAGUCACACAGGUGAGAGGCCAUUCCCAUGUUCUGAGUGUGUAAAAUGUUUUGGACACAAAGCAGAUCUUAUUAAACAUCAAAGAAGUCACACAGGUGAGAAGCCAUUUUCUUGCUCUGAGUGCGGGAAAUGUGUUACACGAAAAUCACAACUUGUUGCACAUCUUAAAAGACACACAGGUGAGAGGCCAUUUUCAUGUUCUGAGUGUGGGAAAUCUUUUAUACAGAAAUCACAUCUUGUUAAACAUCAGCGAAGUCACACAGGUGAGAAUACAUUUCCAUGUUCUGAGUGUGGGAAAUGUUUUACACCCAAAUCGUGUCUUAUUAUACAUCAGAGAAGUCACACAGGUGAGAAGCCAUUUUCUUGCUCUGAGUGUGGGAAAUGUUUUACACGGAAAUCAAAUCUUGUUAAACAUCAGCAAAGUCACACAGGUGAGAAUACAUUUCCAUGUUCUGAGUGUGGGAAAUGUUUUACACAUAAAUCAUAUCUUAUUGAACAUCAGAGAAGUCACACAGGUGAGAGGCCAUUCCCAUGUUCUGAGUGUGUAAAAUGUUUUGGACACAAAGCAGAUCUUAUUAAACAUCAGAGAAGUCACACAGGUGAGAAGCCAUUUUCUUGCUCUGAGUGCGGGAAAUGUGUUACACGAAAAUCACAACUUGUUGCACAUCUUAAAAGACACACAGGUGAGAGGCCAUUUCCAUGUUCAGAGUGUGGGAAAUCUUUUAUACAGAAAUCCCAUCUUGUUAAACAUCAGCGAAGUCACACAGGUGAGAAUACAUUUCCAUGUUCUGAGUGUGGGAAAUGUUUUACACCCAAAUCGUAUCUUGUUAUACAUCAGAGAAGUCACACAGGUGAGAAGCCAUUUCCAUGUUCUGAGUGUGGGAAAUGUUUUACACAGAAAUCGCAUCUUUUUAGACAUCAGAAAAGUCACAGGAGAGAAUCCAUUUUUUUGCUCUGAGUGCGGGAAAUGUUUUACACAUAAAUCAUAUCUUGUUAAACAUCAGCAAAGUCACACAGGUGAGAAUACAUUUCCAUG